UCUGAACUCAAGAUUGGUCCGAAUAUGAUAAGGGCUUUGUCAGCAAAGAUAGCUAUUUGUGGGCCUCGAACUUGGACCCUUGUGCUUACUGUUCCUUUCUUCUGUCGGGAGCGCGCCUCGGAGUAGGACUGCGCGCCUCUCUUCUCACGGUCGAGUGCAGUGCAGUGGCAUUAGUUAUUACACAGACCCCUUGUGAAGAUGGCGAUGUAUGCAGCUCUCCGGUGUGUUUCUUCAAACUUUUCCGCUGCUUUACCAUUGGUAGCUAGAUCUACCCAGAUUUCCUCGUGUCAGUAUUUCUUGAGGACAAACUUUCAACGCACGUUGAGCACAACUUCAAGUCUCGCAUCAGCUCUCAAAUACACAGACAAGCAUGAGUGGGUUCGAGUGGAGGGCUCCAUUGGCACAGUGGGCAUCAGCAGUUAUGCUCAGGAAGCUUUAGGAGAUAUUGUUUACUGCGGGAUGCCAGAGAUUGGGCAAAAGCUUGAACAAAUGGAGGAAUUUGGAGCGCUGGAGAGUGUAAAGGCCGCCAGCGAGCUGUACUCUCCGCUGACGGGGGAGGUAACGGAAAUCAACACAGAGCUAGCGGAGAACCCUGGGCUAGUCAACUCCGCCUGCUACGAAGGAGGCUGGCUCAUCAAGAUGUCCAUUGACAAUCCUGGAGAACUUGAGGGAUUGAUGGAUGAAGACGCAUAUGGCAAAUUCGUAAAAUCACUUGACACUGAAUAGUCUAAAGAUAUUUCUGGUCUUUCUUUUACAUUAAUCAUGAUUUUUUUUUUCUGUGGAUCCAUAUCAUGGGCAAAUGCUAAUGUUUUACUAUUCCUAUUUUGUAUUUAUUUUGAUUGAGACGGUGAUCAAACAGUAGUUCAUUCCAAAUGUUAACCAAAAACCCACAUGUAACACUUCGAAUAUUAAAUCAUUUUUCAAAGGGCUUCAGGCAGUUUUGUACCAGGAAAUGGUUGGGCCCAGCUCGACGUUGAUCUUUUUAAGUUUUCUUUGUAAACAAAGUGACAAAAUAAAGCACAAUUCUGUGA